AGUGGAUCUAUUAAAUUUUAUUUGCGGAAGUGAUUUCUUUUUAAGAUAUAUAUGUAUAUAUAAAUGCUUAUUUUAAAAAAUAUUUAUUUGAAAGGCAGGGUUACAUAGAGGCAGAAUUAGAGAAGAGAGAGUGAGGUUUUCUACCCACUGGUUCACUUCCCAAAUGGCCACAAUGGCCGGAACUGCGCCGAUCUGAAGCCAGGAGCCAGGAGCUUCUUCCAGGUCUCCCACGUGAUUGCAGGGACCCAAGCACUUGGAUCAUCUUCUGCUGCUUUCUCAGGCCACAGCAGAGAGCUGGAUCAGAAUUGGAGCAGCCAGGACUCAAAAUGGUGCCCAUAUAGGAUGCUGGCACUGCAGGCAAUGGCUUUCCUCUCUAUGCCACAGUGCUGGCCCCAAAAUGCUUAUUUUUAUAUAUGUGUUUGUGUGUGUAUUUUAAUUGGAGAGGCACAGAGGGAGAGAAAGCACGCUACUACCUGCAGGUUCAUUCCUCAAAUGCUGGCAAUAGCCCGGGUUGGGCAGGGGCUCAAGGUGGGAGUCAGGAACUUAGCCGAGGUCGCCCUUGUGGGUGGCAGGAACCCAAUCACUUCAGUUCUCAACACUGUUUCUCAGUCUGCAUUGGCAAGAAACUGAAGCUGGGAAUUGAACCCAGGAACUGGUUUGGAGAUAUGGAUGAGAAGUCAAAUCCUGGAACUUUAAGUGAAAGUUCGGAAUGUCUCUUCUCCUUUGGAGUUAUAGCAGAUAUUCAAUAUGCUGACCUAGACGAUGGCUAUAAUUUCCAGGGAAGUAGGCGGAGGUACUACAGGCAGAGCCUUCUGCACUUACAGGAUGCCAUUGAAGAGUGGAAUAAGGAAAGCAGCCGCCCCUGUUGUGUCCUGCAGCUUGGAGAUGUCAUUGAUGGAUACAAUGCACAGUACAAAGCGUCAGAAAAGGCCCUGGAACUUGUUCUGAACACAUUCGAAACCCUGAAAGUCCCAGUUCAUCACACGUGGGGAAAUCAUGAAUUCUACAACUUCAGUAGAGACUAUUUAACAUGCUCUAAACUCAACACUAAGUCUCUGGAAGAUCGGAUUGUACAUCAUCCCGAGACUGUGCCUUCAGAGAGUUACUAUGCUUAUCAUUUUGUGCCGUUCCCUAAAUUUCGGUUCAUUUUACUUGAUGCUUAUGACUUGAGCGUCUUGGGUGUGGAUGAGUCUUCUCCAAAAUACCAGCAGUGUAUGAAGAUACUGAGGGAGCACAAUCCAAAUACGGAAUUGAAUAGUUCUCAAGGACUUUCUGAGCCCCAGUUUGUCCAGUUUAAUGGAGGAUUCAGCCAAGAACAGCUGACCUGGUUGAAUGAAGUCCUUACCUUCUCUGACACAAACCAGGAAAAAGUGGUGAUUGUGAGCCAUCUUCCCAUUUACCCCGAGGCCUCAGACAGCGUGUGCCUGGCCUGGAACUACAGAGACGCCCUGACAGUCAUUUGGUCUCACCAGUGUGUGGUGUGCUUCUUUGCUGGUCACACUCAUGACGGUGGCUACGCCCAGGAUCCUUUUGGUGUGCACCACAUCAACCUAGAAGGCAUUAUUGAAACAGCUCCCAACAGCCAAGCUUUCGGCACUGUGUAUGUCUAUCCCGACAAGAUGAUGUUGAAAGGGAGAGGGAGAGUUCCAGACAGAGUUAUGAACUACAAGAAGGAGAAAGCUCUACACUUGUAGUCCGACUCAUUCUGUUUUCCUUGGUAGAAGGAAAAUGACUUUGCUUUGUGUUUGCUUCCCCAAACAAAAGGAAAAGAAAAGCAAAAAUAAAAACUAUCAGCUCCAUUGAUAGGUAUUCUGCUUGUGUAAUAAAGUGUAUUUAUGGCUUUAAUGUGCAUUUUUGGAUAAUAUCUCCAAUGCUGAAAGUUAGAAACAGAAGAAACCAGGGAAGGGUCUGAGGUGGGGGCAUAUAGUCCUCAUACGUGGCUUCAUCCGUCCAUACCUAAAGAUUUUGUUUUGUUUCUUUUCAAGAACAUAUUUAUGGGUUAACUGCAUAACUUAAAAAAAUGAUAAUAAAAAAUAGAAACUCAGGUAAACUUACCUAUUUCCCCUGCUGUGAGAAUGAGCUUUGGACAGUUUUUAUCAGAUGGUAUUCCUACUGUGUAAACAAAAAACAUCAAUAGUUACUCCUAGGUAAUGUGUGUGCCUCCCUUUGUAAGAAGGUAUCCAGAGAGGUCAUGUGGUCCUCUUGUGAGUCUAACCAAAAGGCAGACCAAGUGCCCACACAGGUAUGUGCCUGCCAGCUCGUGCUACGUGGGCCACCAGCCAGUGCUCUGAGAGCCCAGUGGCUGCCUUAAUAGAUGGCACAUGUUUAAUUCAGUAGUUGUGUAUACCAAGGCUCAUCUGCAGGAACACUCUAUGGCCAAUAGGACAUAUUCCAGUGCAGAGAAUAUGCAGAGACAGUUUGAGUCAGAGCCAAAAAAAAAGAAAUACUGGUCAACCUAAUUACGCCUGUUGAAUACCGAGACACUGCAGGGAUGUAAAAGUAUAUUACCCGUGUGAGGCUGCCAUAGUGAAUCAUCACAGAGCUGGUGGCUGACAGCCACAGGCAGUUGUUCUCAGCAGUUGUGGAGGUCAGAAGCCUGAAGUCAUUUCCAGUGAGCAGAAACCAGGGUGUUGGCAGGGUCAUGUUCCCUCAGAAGGCCCUGGAAAGAAUCCUUUUCCUUAUCGUCCCUGGCCUCUAGAGCCCAACCUCUGCAUGCCUUGGCUUCUGGCCCACUUCCGCAGCGUCAGUGCCAGCAGCCUAGUGUCCUCGGUGCCCGGGUUGUCACUCCAGCUGCUUUUCUGUGUAGUCAGCCCUCUUCUUCCUCUGAUGAAGACAUUUGUGAUUACAUUUAGGGCCCACCUGGGUAAUCCUGAUAAUUUGGAUUAGGACCUGACUGUUCAUGGGCGGGGAUUAUUCAACCAACCAUGGAGGUGACCACAAAUGUGUUCCUGUACUCACACCUUACCGUGAGCUUGAGAGAUGGACAUCCACAGAUGGAAAUGUGUGUGACCAGCAGUCAUGUAAGGAAAAGACUGGGGGCCUGCAGAGGAAUUUAGUUGUGUAUGAAAGAGAUAACAUGAAAAAAGAAGGAAAAUGGGUUGAAUAAGUCGGAAAGAGCAUUUGAGGUAGAAUAGCCCAACCAGAAGCGUCAAAGGAUAUGCUGACAGGCGUACCAAGCAGUGCUACUGGGAUUCACUAAGGGGUGCUGGGGAUACGGCAAGAAAUAGUGCAUGGGAGGCUAGGCUAGGGGAAUGUUGUCCAGGAUCCUUGAGAUGUGAGCCAAGAGUUCCUGUUGUCAGAGACUGAGCAGCCCCUGGGUGUGGAGCUGGUUGGGUGUUUCAGUUUGUGUGUCCAUCCAGGCAGCAGGAAAUGCGAGGCUGAUGUAGAAGAGGGCCAGUGGAAUCAGAUUGUGGGAGUGGGAAGGCAUAUUUGGGGAACAGAAAUGCAACAGUACUUAAAUUGAAAAGUUGAGUUUACUUUAUUUAAAAAGAUUUUCUUAUUUGAAAGGUGGAAUUAACAGAGUCUGACAGGGACAGCCUCAAUCCAUCCGCUGGUUCACUCCCCAAAUGGCUACAACAGCCAGGGCCGGGCCAGACUGAAGCCAGGAGCCAGGAGCCUCCUCAGGGUUUCCCACAUGGAUGCAGGGGCUCAAGCACUUGGGCCAUCUUUUACUGCUUUCCCAGGUGCAUUAGCAGGGAGCUGGAUCGGAAGCAGAGCAGCUGGGGCUUUAACUGGCACCCUUAUGGUAUGCCUGUGUCACAGGCAGUGGCUCUACCCACUAUGCCACAAUGCCAGCCCUGAAAAGUUAAGUUUAAAAACAACUUCAAUAAUAAAGCACUUUUCAAAAGACAGUACUCCACCAAAAGUUAGUGUCUUAUCUGCUCAGCUGGGGAUGCAAAAGGUACUUUAAAUAUUUGUGGAAUUCAGUCAUAAUGGGAGAUGCAUGUGCUAUGAGACCUACCUUAAACAUUACUGUCUUCUCAAAAUGAAGCAUGACUGGGAGGAAGGGUAGUGCUGAUGUCCAGUUUGCAAAUGUGCCCAUUUCUUCAUGUGACUUUAAUAGACAAAGGAGGCAUAAAAGCCAUAAAUAGCAUGUGAGGAAAUUUGCAAUGGGAAACGCAAAGGCUUCACAUGUAUUUCAUUGGCCUUUAAAUUUUACUAUGGGUGCUUGAACCAACUGGAUUUUUUUUUUUCCUUUUCCUUUAUCCAAGAUCUUGAUAGAGAAUUUCAGGCUGUCAUUGGGCACUGUGUCAAAAAUAACCAAAACUGCAUACCUCCUUUAACAAAUAUUUAUAGAAUGCUUACUGUGGUUUUAAAGACUAUGAAACGGAGACAACCAACCAGACGCACUGUCACUCUGCUGAUGUGUGGUAGGCACUACUGCUACUGGAGUCUAUUUCCUAUGCGUCAGCCUGCUUUCACCCGACUCCCGGGGUCUGUGUGGUGACUCCGCACCUCUUGCCCCCACCAUCAGAAACAAUCCACUGCAACAUUGUUGAGAAAUCAACUGCAACACCUGACUACACCCACAUGCUUUGAGACAGCCAUGUCCACCAGAAAUGAAAUGCAAGCCACAGAUGUGAUACAAGAUACUCCAGCAGUCACACGUAGAAAAGUGAACAGAAACACACAAAACUAAUUUUAAUAGACUAUUUUAUUUAACCAGAUAUAUUUAAAGUAUUCUUUUCAACAUCAUUAUAAAAAUAUAUUCAUCUUGUACAUUUACAAAAAUCUACUGGGUAUAUUAUACCUACAGCUCACUCAUUUGAACACUGAAAUUUUCAUUGGAAAUACAUACUUAGAAAACAAAAUUUGCAGUUGAAAAACAGACUGACAUAAUCAAGUCAUUUCAAAUACAUUUAAAAGUUUUCUAAUAAUGGAAGAUCACUCUAAAAUGGGAGAAUAGCCAGAUUUUUCCGUCACGCUGGCCUCAUGUCAAGUGCUCCAUAGCAGCGUGGGGCUAGUGGCUGCUGCAUUGGAGAAUGCAGCUUUGAAACAGUCCCCUACCUCAGUAACUUCCUACGUUCUU